AUGGCCAGGCAGAACUUUGUAGGGUUGGUUGUCUCGCAGGGCCGAGCAAACAAGACGGUCAAAGUGCGGGUACAGGGCAAAGUCUACGACCGAAGAGUAGACAAGGAGAUCAUCAGACGUAAGGAUUUCCUCGUGCAUGACGAAGGCAACAUAUGCAAAGAAGGAGACAUUGUGCGAAUUGAAAGUAUCCCCAAAGUGUCCAAACGCAAGGCGUUUGCCAUUGCCGAGAUCAAAGUCAAUCGAGGCCAACAGUUUGCCCAAUACGAGGAGUUGGCGAGACGAAGAAGCAAGCAGGAGCACGAGCAGGAAGCGAGGAAAUUUCUUGAGGACAGACAAAAAUUCCAGAGCUUGAUUACGCAGUUGGACGACUUGAAGCGACUCGACGAGUUGAGCCAUCUCAUUACGAAGAACAUUGAAACUGAACAAGAAGCACACGCGGCAGGCGAAACGGCGCCCAGCGUUGACAAUAGCUUCCUCUUGAACGAAGUCAAUGCCAUCAAGGCCAAAUACCAAAUCCAGGCGUGGCCCUCGACGGAGCCCAUCCUCGACAUCGAGCUCAACCAGCCUGUAUACCAAACCGAAAUCGAAAAAAGGGUAUACCACAUGAAACACAUCUUGCGUGAAUUGAUGGAGAACCCCAGCUAUGCCGCGCGGAAAAUCGAAAUAAUCCAAGACAAGCUCGGGAAGGAGAAACGGAUUGAGGAUUUGAAGCCUGCUGUUCAGAAGAAUAUCAUGAGAAGUUGGCUCUUGAAGGAGAAGAACGAGUGUCCCGUGCCCUUCCCUUGA